GACGUUGAGGUUAUUUGCGACAAAUCGCGAAAGCUACGGCUACGCACCAAGUGAAGCGUUUCAUUCAAUUUUAUCAUCAUUUUGGGAAUGGUGUUGCGAUGCUUGUUCGCUGAUUAUCUCCAACCCUUUUCUGAUUAGCAUGUAAGAAAGUAUUUUACUCUGUUGUGGAUGAUUGGAGCUUCGGAGAGGUAGAAGGUGGAGGACGUCCCGAAGAAUGGAAGACGCUAAGGCUGCGUUAUUGCGCGCAGCAGAGCAGGCCUUGGAACAGAAAAAUUUUCCCGAUGUGGUGAAGAACUGUAAGCAAAUACUGAAGCAAGACCGCGCUAGCUAUGGCGCAUAUGUCCUCUUGGCCAAGGCGCUGCAGGGUACCAAUCACUUCCCGCAAGCCCUGGUUGCUCUUCGGAAGGCAGUGGAGCAGGAUAAAUCUGCUCUACCAGCAUGGCUGGCAUUCAUGGAUCUAUAUGAAGCAAGUGCAGAGUUUGACAAAUUUCUAGAAGCUUGUAAUACUGUGAGGCAAAUCACGCAGACCUCUGGUGAUAUGAAGAAUUUUGCAUCCUGCACAGAGAGAUUGGCCUCCACAUAUGUCAAAACUGGGCGUCACGAAGAAGCACUAGGUGUCUGGGAGGAGUUGUUGAAAGCAGACAAAGUUGUGACACCUGAUACACAGUUAAGGGCGCUUUGUGGUGUUAUUGAUGCACAAGCUUCAUUGUUUGAUUUGGCAACGCAGCAGAAAAGAGAAAAGGAUUCUGCUACUCUUUUAGGGGUUCACACUGUGGAAUCCUUACGGGAUGGCUUGGAGACAAACCUCCAUAUUGCACUCCAGAAGCCCGGUUUGCAUGUUGAGCGCUAUAAUGCACUGCUACUGGACCUCCUUCUUCGAACAACGAGAGAAUCUAGAGGGAAAGAUUCUCAACUUCGACUUCUACAGCAGGCUAUUGCGACAACCUUAUCAUCCAACGUUCUUACUGGUUACGAAGUGGCUCUUGUCCUCUGUGAGGAAGACCAUGCUGACUUUUUAUUCCAAAACGUAAAUAGUACGGAAAGUACGAAGAAUGGAGUGCCUUACUUUAGAUUAAGACUUGGAUUGCGGUUUGCGCAUCUUUAUCCAUCUCAUGGGCUUGCCCUUGCUACAAUCGCAUCCUUGUCACAAAGCAGUGCGGAUCGCAAGAAGGUCUUGUGUGAGAAAGCACUUCGAGCUGAUGACACAUGUUUGAUCGGAUGGCAGUUAUUAGCUGAUCUGCAAAUUGCAGAAGGUGCAUAUAGUGGUGCUGCGGACAGUAUAAAGCGGGGAUUCAAAUCACUCGAGUUAUGGAGAACAAAGUACGGGUUGCAGCUUUUUGCUAAAGAGCUGCGUCUACAUCUUACAGAGGGGCAUUUGCAUUUGGAAACAAAAGCCUAUGAAGAAGCAGAAAGGGUGUAUCGAUUUGUAUUAGAUGGUGCAGACAAAUUGGGUAACAGAGAAGCUGAAGAAUUAGUUAAGGCUGCCCUUGAGGGAAGAGUGAAGGUAGCAAUAGCACAAGACGACUUAAAAGAGACCGAAGAUAGAUUAGAGGCUCUUUUGUCAUUUGACAAUACAAAUCAUUGGGCUUUAGCAGAGAAAGGCUGGUUGGACUUUAAGAAAGGCAAUGCUGAGAAUGCUGUGCAUUUAUUAGAGAAAGCCGUGGCGAUCUGUGGGAACAACUCUACUUACCGCCGUCGUUUGGGUUUGUCAUACUGGGAAACAGGUGAGCAAUCUGGUAAAGAACGAGCAGUUGCACAAUUGGUGGAAGCUGCGAGGUUGGAUCCGAAGGAGGCAGGUGUUUUCCGUUACCUUGGACACUAUUAUUAUCAAAUAGCUGGUGAUAUGCGGCGAGCCGCCCGAUCUUACCAGAAGGCAAUCAAUCUUGAUCCUGAAGAUUUGGAGGCAGGGGAAGCUCUUUGUAAUCUACUGGAAAAAGGAGGACAAAUUGUGUUGGAAGGUGCCAUAUGUCGAGAAGCCUCUCAACACUCGCCUCGAGCUUAUUGGGCAUGGCGUCGACUUGGCUAUAUCCAGGUUCAAGCGAAACAGUGGUCAGAGGCUGUGUCAAAUCUGCAACAUGCACUUCGAGGCUACAGCUCGGAUGGAUGUCUGUGGGAGGCGUUGGGAUUGGCUUAUCAACAACUUGGUAUGCUAACUGCUGCUCUGAAGGCAUACGAACGAGUUGUGUCUUUGGGAAAUACAUCUCCAAUAUUUGCCCUACUUCAGAGUGGUAUCAUCCUCCAGUCACUUGCAUCAUAUACUCAGGCUAUUGACAUAUUCCGUAAUGCUCUCGACAAGGUUCCUGGAAAUGUGGUCGCGCAGUGUGGUCUUGCAGCUGCACUUUUAGGUCGUGCUCGUCAGUGCACAAGUGUUGGAGCCUUGGCUUGGGCUGCGAGACUUUUACAGGAAGCUGCUGAUGCUGCACACCAAUGUACAUCAAGUAAUGGUACUGUUGCCGCUGCGUGGAAACUAUUGGGAGAUAUUGAGGUUGCAUAUGCUCAAAUAUUGCCAUGUGAUCUCAUGGAUUCCAUAUCAGAUGGUAUCACCCGAGAGGAUUUCAAUGAGCAGGAAGCGGCUUCUUUUUGCGACCAGGUUCUACUUUGGUAUCAGCAGCGUAAAGCUGCUAGCAAAAGAGCGCAACGCGCUUAUCUUCAUUUACUUCAUAUAUGUCCUCAGCAAGGCCAUGUGUAUGGCGAUCUAGCAAUGGCCAUAAAGCUUGACCACUCGUUAGACCAGAACGCACCACCGAGUGAAUCAACAAGGUUGGAUCCAGAAAGAACUGUUUUAUCAGGAUUGCGCUUAGAUACUUCACGUGCAGACCUCUGGUUCAUAUUUGGUGUGUUGGUACAACACAAAGCUCUGAAACAACAUGCCUUUAUUCAGGCUCUACGACUAGAUGCAUAUCAUUCCAGCACUUGGGCUCAUCUAGGACAGCUUUACCUGCAAGAGAGGGAGCUUGAGUUAGCAAAGCAGGCAUUCGAUAGAUCUCGAAGUGCAGAUCCGACUCUAAGCCUACCGUGGGCGGGUAUGGCCUUUCUGCACAGCCUCAGUGAUGGAAAGAAGGAGAUGGACGAAGCCUUCGCGAGUUGCUUGUAUGCUGUGCAUCUACUACCAGUUAUGCAAGUUCAACUUGGCCUUGCAAGGUUAGCCGAACGCACCCGCCACCUAUCUACAGCACAGGUAUAUGCAGCCAUAGAGCAGUGUGUACAAAGAGCACCCCAUAGUGUAGAAGCGCUCAAUCUGAAGGGCCUUGUUUGCGAGUCUCGAGGGAGCCUGUCAACUGCAAUCUCCGCUUUUCAGCUGGCACGUCAUAUAAUUGAGGAAGGACUGGGGAAGACGAAUUCAACAGCUGCAGGAAAAUUGAAUUGUGUAUUGUUGAACCUUGCAAGGGUCUUAUGCAAGGCUGGCAGAGCAAGGGACGCAGUUCAAGUGUACGAGAUUCUUGUAGAUUCAGGCGUACUGAUGGAAGAGCCAGAGGCACUGCGAAGCUACGCUGUGGCAGCAUGGCUUGGAAAUAGAAAAGAGCUAGCUGCUGCUAUUGCACAGCAGGCUGUAGAAGUGAAUGGAGAAUCAGCAUCUCAUACACUCUUCUUCAGAAUGACGUACUGGCUUUCAAGGCCUCUCCUUGUCUUGGAGGACUUAAGAAGGGCCAGUAUGGAUCUUUUUCGUAAUAUGAUUUUUGGUUCUACUGCUCUUGCUAUGGCCAUAAUGGCGGAUCACCAGCAGUCUGUAGCCGGUGUUCUGUAUAGGUCUAAUAUUUUAUUUGACCAUGAAAGAGGUCCUCAGGCGCAUCAUUUAGUUGCCGAUUGGAAACAGGGCAAGCAUGAGGAAGGGCAUUUGUACAAUAGUACAAUUGAGGAAUUGCUGAAGGCCAUGCAUUCAUUUCCAGACAGCAUUUCAACACGGGCUAAACUCGGUCAGAAGCUUACGGAAAGCACUUACGGUAAUUGUGCUUACCUUUCUCUGAGAUGCUGCGAUGUACCUGGUCCAGUUCCACAACAAGAUUUGUGUACCAGUUUGGUAGGCGCAGUAUUGGCUGAUGCUACUAAUGCCGAACACUCAGUACUUCCAAAAUUACUUCGGUGGGUACACAUGGAGCCUUGGAACAAAACGGCAAAAUCUAGUUUGGUACUCACAUUACAACAGGUGCAAAAGCCAAAUGUACACCUUGCAGUUGGUCGUCUUGCACUCACACAGCCAGUGUCUGACCCUGUAUCCUUGGACAUAGAUGUACUACUUAAAGUAUGUGCCUCCAAUGCAGCAUUAGAGCAUGGGGAUACUGCAGCUGCUUUGCAGCAUGCGAAAGCUGCAUGCUUAUUGAAUGCGUCAGCAGAGUGUAAUUUUGUCGCUAGCUUUCAUCUGGCACGUUGUUAUCUAGCAACCCAGAAUCUCCCGCUACUGCGAGUGGAGGUCAAAAAGUGUAGACGAAAUUUAAAACCGGAUGACCUUUUGGGACACUUGAAGUUGUCAGAAAUGGAGGAUAAGUUGGGUUUGCAGACAGAGAACCAAAAUUCUAGUUUUGAGCGUGCUAUUGGUCUGAAAAGUACAGCUCAUCCAAAGGUGUGGACUUCGUUAUGGCAUCUAAGGAAAGCCCAAGGGCUUUUACAAGCGGAAGACUACAUCUCUGCUGAGAAAGCUGCUGGUCAAGCUUGUGCCGUCCAUCCAGAAUCUGCCCCUCUUCAUCUCUUUCACGGUGCACUCUGCCUCUCACUAUUCAACUUAGGAGGCUAUCCACAGCAAUUAACUUCAGCAGUUCGCAGUCUAAGCAAGGCUGCAUCACAAGGAGGACCUUCCGAGGUCUGUGUGGCUGGUGUUUUACUGGCACAAGCUGAAACCAGUAAAGGGAACAUUCGUAGUAGAAAUGCUCAAAAGUGGGAACAAGUUCUUCGAUCGGCAUGGAAAUGCUGGCCUGCAGAGGACAGACCUGGGGAGUUGUAUUUUCAGAUGGGGUUGCUUGCUGAACAGUUCAAGGAUACUUCACAUGCAGGCAUGUACGCUCCUGAGUCGUUACAAAGCAAGCGGUCGUGGAUGCAGAGAGCUGCCCACGCAAAUCCAGCUUGCCGCCGCUAUUGGGAAUUGUUAUUGUAGCACUCACGUCUGCACCAGUUUAUGUAAAUUGUUGAGUACUCUUCUUUUAUCAUUUGAGCUCACAAUUUUAAAAAAAGUGACACCUAUGAUCACUUUUUCAUGUUGUAUGUGGAACCUCUGAUUGACAAGCUCCACCUUUGAUCUGUACGAAGACCAAAACCGCGGCUGCAGCAAGUCGAUGCCGCAAAAGAAUCAUUAUACACAAUAUACAGUUUACUUAUUUAGUGGGGAAUCUUGUGUUUACACUCGCCUCCAGCAUGAUUGCGGUGCCUAACCAUGUCUUCAUUCGACUGUAUUGAGGCUCCGGUUGGGCUAGACGGUUAUUCAAGCAGACGAGCAACUCGCGGUGGUUACUCAGGUUGUUAACGCUAGUAGUUACUGCAGAUAGGAAGAGGCAGUAUGAUUUGCUCUGAAAUUCCACGUCCUUUUCACUUUGAUCAAUGUUAUUUCUGUAGGAGUCUAUGGUUUUUAUUUUAUUUUUAAUUCAAUUAACAUUAUGAAACAUAGGUUAGUAAGUUCAUUCUUAGUGUUGGAGUCUAGGAAAGUGAAGAGAAGGAAAGUGAAAGGAUUGAACUCUUUUCAGCUGUACUCUCUUUCCAAUCCUUGACGAGGAGAGGAGAGCUAUGAAUUCUAGAAUAUAGGGACAUCUUUCACUGGACUCGAUAAAUUGUCAGUAUCCUGUGUUCGACUGUGUUAUAACAUUUAAGCCCCAGCCA